UUGUAACUUGGUAACCAAUAAUUUGUUGGCAUCUCCGUGGUAACUUUUGAUAAGACAAUUGAAUAGCAACAGAUGUCGCUACACAAUUUUAGAUAUGGUUGCCAUCUAUCAGCAAGCUAGCAGUACUUCAAUAUCUACACUGUAAAAAAAGAAAAAAAAUCAGACGUGAAAAGGAGAUUAUUAACUUUUAUUACGUCUUGAACUGAUAAUUAAAUUUAGCUACAUCUAUAAGUAAACUCUGUUGCAUUGAGUAAUUACAGUAAUUUCUAUCCUUAUUAUGUAACGUAUCAAAUCAUAACAGUGUACAAUGAUUGUAAGAUACGAGAACGAUACGAAGUGGCGAAAUAAAAAGAAACGUUUAUUGAUAAAGUUAAGGAAUAUCAAAGUAUAAAGAAAUUCAACGUAAACGUUACGUAUCGUAUGGAUACUUAGGCCUUGAGCAAAAUACUUUGCAUAUACACAGACGGUAUACGCGUUCGUAUGGAACGAUUCAAUUUAACGUUGAAAACAAUACUCGCGAGACGAGAAAUUUUGAGGUUAUAAAGCAACAAGGUAAAGAAUUACUAAAAUGAAUAUCAACGAAAAUUGGCUGAAUUACGGUGACAAGAAGUACGCAAAAACUAAAGCUUCGAAACAGUUGGACAGUCAUAUUAGUAAAAUUCAAGAUGUGAAAGCUCAGUUAAACGCUGGGAAAUAUCAGCAAGGAAGACAAGCUGUAUCGCUUGCACAAUUUCUAAGGGCAGAAUUAACAAGAGGCUAUCAAUUAGAAAAUGACGAGGAAAGUUUCUCUGCAAGAAGAGAGAAACUUUAUUCGUUUUUGAAAAUUCCAAAGGAAGUUGAAAAAUUUAUGGCCUAUGGGUUUUUACAAAAAGAAGAGGGAUUUAAAAGUUGGAGAACGAUAUCUAAGACCGGCACAGAUGUGCGACCUUUUAAAGGGAAUUGUGGUCAUCACCUGUUGGGCAGCUACAUGGAAAGUUGAUACCUCUAUGAUAUACCACUUGGUCAAGAGUCAAUCUGUGAUAAAAUUGUAUAUAUUUUAUAAUAUGCUGGAAGUUGGUGAUAGAUUAUGCAGCGUCUUUGGACAAGAUAUAAUAGACGCUCUUUUUUGGACAGCUACAGAGCCUAAAUCAAAGUCACAAGCAAGAUCUCAACAAUUGGGCAUCCUCCCUCAUCUAUUAUUUGCCUUUACAUAUUUUGUAGAAUUAAAAGGUUCUGUCUUUAAGAAAUUUGACAAGAACAAUCUCUUUCAACUGUCUUGUGCAGACGUGAGAGAACGUUUUCAUUUAAUGAUGCUGCUUCUUGCUGUAAAUCUUCAAACAAUGAAGGAAUAUGCAUGGAAAGCUGAACGACUUGCAGUACUUCUACCAGAUUGUAUACUGUUGCUCUUUGCUGAAAUCCUUGUAGAUUGGCUUAAGCAUGCCUUUAUAACUCGUUUCAACGAGCUCCAUUCAACGGUAUACAGAGAUUAUACUAUUAAAGUAGCCUACGACAUGGCUCAGACUCGCCAGGAAACUGCCUUUUCCGACCCAUCGGAUGUGGUAGCUCGUAGAAUGGGUUUUAUUCCUCUUCCUCUAGGAGUGGCGAUAGGAAGAGUACUUUGUACAACCAUUACACCACCUGUCCAACCAGCUAACAUAAUUUUGUUGCUUCUAGCCUAUUUUAUCUUAGUAACAUUCAAGAUAUUAAACAGUUUGAUAAUUCUCGGCAAAGCGUGCGAUGUGAUUUUGUCACAUUCCAAAAAAUCAGACCACGAAGUAACGUACAAUUGUAUGGAAUAGUACUUCGAUAUACAAAUAAAUCAAAAAAUUCAAAACGAUACCUUGGUGUUAUUUUUGAUCCACCUUCUGUACAAUUCAUAAGCUAGGAGAAUAUCUGUUUAUAAUAUUUUAUCCCUUCAUUUAUUAAGGUACAUAAAAUUUUGUAUUUUUUGCGUUUUUAUCAGUAACUCUCAUCAUUCUAUCGUACUCCAAGUACUGUUAAAUACUUCACUGUAAUACUAUAAUUUUGUGCAGUACAGUUUUAUUAAAACGUAACUUUAUUUCUUUAUUAUUUAUAAAUACAUGUUAUUUAUAAGCGUACAAAAGAUAUGAAAAGAAAUAAUUCAUAUUUAUAUUCAAUGUUUAUAUUUAUUGAGUCAGUGAUAUUUUUUAAUGUACGCUCUGUACGUUUUUUCAAUUAGUUAAUAUCUUGUAUAUAUUUUAUUGUUUUCAUCCUACAAACAGAAUCUUUAGCUAAAUUUUUACCUCUACAUCUUCUUUUAGACUUAUUCAUUUUAUACAAGUUGGUGGAUAACUUAUUGUCUUCGUACUCUGGAAAUGUGACAUUGCACACUGAUAUUUUACUACGUUGUUCACGAUCUUUAAUUACCGAUGAUCGCAAAAUACAUAGAUAAUUGCUAGAAUUCAAGAAUGUUCUGAGUGUGAUAGCCUAUUAAAAGUAUAUAUGCAAUAUUAAUUGAUUUUAAAAAGUAAAUCAGGAAAAAAUUUUUUGAGCUAUCGUUGUAACAUUUUGAAUUAGUCUUUCCUGUGAUAUUGCAUUUUAUAUAACUUGUAAUAAUAUAUUAUUUUUGUGAACAGAAUGUUAGAACUCACUCUACCAUAAAACUCGAAUUCUUGUAAAUGAGUUUGUAACUUGCUCAUCCAUGAUUUCAAGUUUUUUUCAAAAACUCCAUGUGUUUCAAACAUUGUAUUAUUUGUUUCUCCAAGAUGAUCUGCGUGGCAUUUUAUAUCAUUUCCCAACUUUUUAAGGAGCAUUUUAAGUAUUGUCAUUAAACUAGCAAACUCAGAGGAUGCUAGAAUUAUAUCUUUCUCCGAAAGUGGAAGAUACAUUUUUUCAAAUAAUUAUAUACUUUUAUAUUCUUAUUUGAAAGAUAAGUCAGUUUUGAAACGCUACUUAAUCAAGAAAUGUAAAAAUCUACAAUAGUAAUGAUAAUAAAUAUAAUAUAUACAUUCUAUAUUAAUUGUUUUACUUCUGAUUUUCA